AUGGGCUCCCGGCAGCGCAUCGACCUCGCUGAUGCCAUGGCUGCCUGUGAAAGAACCUUUGUGACGCAUUUGCGCUGCUGCCCAGUGUCUCCAGCUGCGGCUCUCGAUGAUGAGCUCUUUGCUGACUCCUGCGCUGCUACAGAAUGUGCUACAAACGCCUCUUGCUACCAAGAGAUGUGUGACUGCUUUGAGACCAUUGGUGUUUUCAUGGAUGACGAACUUUGGGAAUACCUUGGGUUAGACGGCAACCCUCAGACAAGGUUAGACUGGGAUGAGGUCGUGGAUUCGGCCUGGACAUGGCAACAUCAUCGCCUCUCUUGUCGUGUAGACUCAGAAGCUUGCCCGGAUGCUUCAUAUUGCCCUCAGCGCUUAAAGGUUCUGCAAAGCCGUCAGUUGAGUUCGCACGACCUGGCAGUCAUGACAGGAUUAGCUGAAUCCUCUUGUGAUGAACUUGAGAGAAGGUCUGAGGAAGCCACGCCCAGGGAGGACCCGGAUCCAGAACCACGCAGGUCGAGGGUAUUUCAAGACAUCAACCAGGUCCAAAUCGGUGAGGAAGAAAAGAGGCAGAUCCCAGCAGAGUCAGGGUGUGCGGAAUGCGCUGCAGUGGGACUGAUGGGCAGCCGUGGUCUCUUUCAGGUCGAUGUGGAGAUUUGGAGGCACAAAAUUCGCGAAAGUCUCGGUUGCAUUGCCUGUGACGUUGGAAUUCGCCAAGGACCUUCCAACACUGCUGUGGUGAGGGGCUCGGCGGCCGUUGCUGUUGAGAGGAUGGCGCCUCUGCUGAAUCCUGGUGGAUUUUCCAGUGAGGUUUUGUUAGGGCUCCACAGAAAUCUCGCCGUGGAACAGGCCCUGUGCUAUGCAGACGCGUUGCAGCAGGCCAAGAAGUUUCAACCGCCUAUUGGGAUGAUCAACCGGACUCUGGUGGCCUUGCAGGCUUACCGUGCCAGUGGACAUGUAGGCCGCUUCGGUGUGAGGCAGUUCGCAGAACAAAUGCGUCGGACUCCCAGAUGUGCUGACUUCGUCCAGGGGAUUCCAGACAGUCGAGUUCUCAGGACUCCGGACUCGGAUCUCCGAGAUGAUGAGGAAGGGCAAGAGGAUGGCAGCAGAAAACUUCGCAACCGCCAAUGUUUGAAGCGGGAUGGCUCGACCACAAUCCUGCCGGACGUGUGGCACGAGGACGGCGCCUUCGGUUGGGGCCGGGCGGAGCCGUGCCCACCGGCCGGGACGAAGAUGAGCUGCUUGGCGAUGCUGGGAAUCGUCUGGGUUCCAUCCCACUUUGGACUGGAACAGUUCGUCUCCAGCGGUGUGAAGCGGGAGAAGAUUGCCGUUGUGCCGGAGGCUGUUGAUACCGACCUCUUCAAUCCUUCCGUGGAAGCCCUGGACCUUGGCCCAGGCCUCCAGGGUCAGUAUCUCUUCCUUUCAGUCUUCAAGUGGGAGAAGCGCAAGGGCUGGGACAUCUUGCUGCGCGCCUACUUUGAGGAGUUCACUGGAGCGGACAAGGUGCUGCUGAUCAUCAAAACGCAAUCCUUCCACAGUGGGGAUGACUUUCACAACAAGGUGCUGCGGGAGAUUGCUCAAGCACAAGAAGCUGGCGCAGAUGCACAGAACCCGGCACGGUAUCAGCUUUUGUCAAAGGACUUGGCCCUCAAAGAUUUGCCGCGCCUCUACCGUGCCGCGGAUGCGUUUGUGCUGCCCAGCCGAGGUGAAGGAUGGGGACGGCCACAUGUGGAAGCGAUGUCGAUGGCCCUUCCGGUGAUUGCCACCAAUUGGAGCGGCUCCACAGAGUUCCUCCACUCGGACGUGGCGCUGCCCUUGCCGCUCGACGGCCUGGAGCCGGCAGAGAACGGCCACGGCCGCUGGGCACAGCCCUCGCGCGAGCAGCUGCGGCGGCUGAUGCGCUACCUGCAGCAGCAUCCCCGGGAGGGAAAGGCCAUUGGAGAGGCAGCACGUCAACGAAUGGUGGAAAGAUUCAGCCCAGAGAAGGUUGUGUCUCAGCAUAUUCUACCUUUGCUGCAGCGAUGGCAUCGAGGAUCCAAGUCCGCGAAAUCCGAGUUGUGACAGCCAUGCCACGCAGACCAGGUGGGGCAUGUGGCGGUGACCAACAUGGGGAUGGAGAUUUCCAUCCUGGGAAUGGAUCCCAAGGAAAACCCACCUGGGUACCCGGGUACCUGGGGUGCUGGAGAUCUAGAAAGUGUUCAACAGGGACAAAGUGCUGAUGCUGGAAUGCCCACCUUGCAGAUCUCACAGUCCAUUGCAGAUGGAAGAGGGCCCACCACCAGGUGUGCUGAUGCAGCGGGCUGAUCGGUCAGUGACCAUGCUCGAGCUCGCAAUGCGGAGAAUGGGAAGGCGAAAUCUGCAGUGCAAACGACAAACAAGAGCUGCUGCACGCCCUGCCGAAGCUCAUCCAGUUCAUCCCAUGAAAGCUGUCGAGUUUCCAGCCGGAAUGUCUAAGUUUGCUAGAAUUUUGGUCCCAAGAUGCCUUGUGGAACCCAUACAAUCAAGAAGAACGGGCGGCGCAGGUGAGGUGGAAGAUGGAAGAAGUGCCAGUUGAACCGUGGUUUCAAACUGCAAGAUGGGCAUAUCCAUGAGCUUUGUGGGAGAUUUUGAAGGAAAAUGAUCCCAGACUCCGAGCCUCAGCAAACGCUGACUCGCGACUUUCUGAUGCCAAAA